ACCGUGGACCCCGCCUGAGACCCUCGGGGCUGCCUGGUUGCCGAGGCGACCGUUGGGCUUCCCAAUCGCCGCGGCUGCAGCAAUGGAGAGUCCUGGAGGCAGCUGAAACACCGCGUUGGAGCAACUGUCCCGACAAUGUCACACGAAGGCUCGAGGCAGGCUCGAGACCGUGGGGUGACCCGCUCCAAGGCUGAAAAGGCCCGGCCGCCCACCCAGCCGGUGCCGCAGGUGGACAUCGUGCCUGGGCGGCUCAAUGAGGCAGAAUGGAUUGCGUUUAUGUCCCUGGAGGAGGGCGAGGACGUGGUAGGUGACAUCUUGGCGGACCUUCUGACUCGAGUCAUGGAGUGUGCCUUCAAAGUCUACCUGAACCAGCAGCGCGUCCCAUUCACCAUUAGCCAGGCCCGAGAGGCCAUGCUGCAGAUCAUUGAGUGGCGUUUCCUGGCCAGGGAUGAGGGAGAAUCUGCAGUGGCCGAGGACCCCACGUGGGGCGAGGACGAGGAGCCCCUGGCAUGCACCACGGAUGCCUGGGCCCAGGGCUCCGUGCCUGUACUUCACGCACCGGCACCCGUUGGUGUAGAGGAGCACUUCCAAGGCGAAGAACCUGGGAACCCGGACCAGUUCAUUUUAGGUUCAUCAUGGUUGGACAGAGACUCCCAGGAGCCAACAGCAUCUCCAGAGCCUUCGGCCGAGACAAGAGUCACCUCAGGACUCACGCCCACCUUGGAAGCGUUUCAGGAAGCUGAGCCCGGGGAAACCUUGGACGAACUCGAUGGCCGGGAAGAAAGCCACAUCUUGGCCACGUCUUUAAAGGAACCUAGCAACAUCUUGACCGUGGCGUCGAAGGAGUCUUUACGACCUUCGCUGGAAGCGGUGCGCGCCCACAGUCCCCAACCUUCCCUGAAUCUGCCCCAAGUAGUCAGCCUCCAGGCCUCUGAGGAGAAGGUAUCACCAUCCCUCAUCUCUCAUCUGUCCCUCGAGGAUCUUUACAGAUGCGUGUCUCAGCCAGACGCGGCAGGGGACCGGCUGAAACGCGAAAGCAAGGGCACAUCCCGCGCCUCCUCGGACGGGUCUGUGCCCCUCCUCAAUGCGGUCACCCUAGAAAACCUCUCCUCGUCGCCGCAGCCUGAAGGCUUGGAUACGCCGCGUAGCCGCAAGACGCCCAUGAUGCGCCUGGAUCCCGCGCGGUUGCCCCGUCACUGGGUGCGCCCAGUGGCUGAGGUCCUGACCCCAGAGAUCGAAGCGCGCCCUUUGGAAAUAUACCGCGGGCGACCGCGGGGUGAAAAGAGCCAACCUGUGGCCCGAACCCCAACAAGCCUGUCCCAAGCCCUCGACUCGCGCGCACACCCCAAACUCAUCUCUACCUCAAGGUUACCUCUCCAAUACUAUGCUCCAUUCCGUGCUUUGGACCCGGAUCCCAUUUUAAACUUGGCCCAAUCCUCACCAACCUUCGCAUCUAAAUUGCCAUUCCUCAGCUCCGGGUUCCGCUUCCUCGCCGGAAACCCAGUCCCUCCCGAAGUCUCCCGCAGCCCCAGUCCCAAAUUAUGGCCUCGAGCUAAGUGGCCCAGUGGCUGGGAGAGGGAGGCUGAGCAGCUAGGCGAGCUGUGGGCGGGUCGUACUCGCGUGCCUCCACAGGGCCAGGAACCUGUGGCUGAUGACGCCUCGGAGGACUCUGGAUGGCCCCUAGCGGCGCCUCAGGUCCUCGAGGCCACGUCCCAGGUUCUGUGGAAGCCCAUGAUUCUUUCAGAAACCAUGAAGCUGGUUCCUGGCGUGAGUAUGUGGAACCGGGGCACCCAGGAGCUGCUCAACCCUGCUGCCACCCAGGAGGAGGCUGAAGGAGGCACCUCCCAUGCGGCUGAGCAGCAACCCAUCCCGACUGGUGUGUCCAAGCCCCAAGUGAUUAUGACACAGCUAAUAAGGAAGGAAACUCCCAAAGCCUGGCAGCUCCCAGCCAAGCCUGUGCCCCACUCUGGGUCCUGAGCCUCCACACUGGGAAUUGAACCCUGCCCAAAAUAAACAUGCUUUUGCCGCAGGAA